AUGUCUAAAGUCUAUACUGCCAGAAUUCAAACUACAUCUCGGGUAUUAAGUAGUAGCAGCAGUUUAUGUGAUUUGGUUAAAGCUUUGGAUGAAAGAUUAGAAAAAGAUAAAUUUAGUUGA